UGUGGGAGGGUUUCCACUUCCCGGCGGAUCUUGACCUGGGGGGAAAGGGCCGCGGGGGGAUGGCCAUCCCUAAGCGCCCUUCCCCCCUUUUUACCGGCCUGGCAGGCCGCAGGUGACUUCCUCUGUAGGUCGCGAAGGUGGUUUAAGGUGACAGCCUCCCGCAGGGGCCUGGCCAACCCUCAGGACCUGCCCAGUUUGGAGUGGGCUGCAGAGAUCCUGAGAGAAGACCAAGGCCAGGGACUGCCCUGGAAUGGACUACCCUGUAGAGAGAGGACAAUCAUUAGAGUCUUUGGGGUGAAUGAUUCAUUUUUCUACUGGGACAGUUUUAGAACUGCUGCCAUGUCCCACCAACCACUUAGCUGCCUAACUGAAAAGGGGGAUAGCCCCAACGAAACCACAGGAAAUGGACCCCCAAAUCUGGCUCAUCCAAACCUGGACACAUUCACCCCAGAGGAGCUACUGCGGCAAAUGAAAGAGCUCUUGAUUGAGAACAAUCAGCUGAAAGAAGCCAUGAAGCUAAAUAACCAAGCUAUGAAAGGGCGAUUUGAGGAGCUUUCAGCCUGGACAGAGAAACAGAAAGAAGAACGCCUUUUCUUCGAGAUCCAGAGCAAAGAAGCCAAAGAGCGCCUCACGGCUUUGAGUGAUGAAAAUGCAAAAUUGAAGGAAGAACUUGGAAAACUAAAAGGGAAAACAGAAAGGCCAUUCCAGGUGAGCAGACUGAUUAGCU